AACGAAGUCCUGCCCUUCCUUCAUUGCGUUUGUUUGCAUCACGGUACCGUACGGUAUGUAAAAGUUGSUGCCGUACUCGUAGUACGGUGCGUACGUACGAGUACGAGUACGAAACGUAUUUAUCGUACUCCGAAGGAAAUUUUUUUUUUCUUCCACGGAACAGAUUGUUCCCAGUUUGUUGUUGCCUUGGCUGCASCAGGAUGGUAUCAUACUUUUCGAUCUGGGUUUUCAAACUACUGUACGGUAGUUCGCAAACGCAUGCAAUGGUAACGGCUGGGACACCAACACCCCUAUCCACCGGCAAUCUGUUAAUGGAGUCGUCGAGAACAACGACAACGACWACGGCAUUAUCGUCGUCGCCAUCGGACGACGCCGAGCGGAAUCGCGAUCCCGUGUAUUUUCCCUCGAAAAACGCAGGCGAGGUCGAAACCAAUUUUCAAACGUUCACGGAAGCUUGUCUCUUUGCGGCAGAGAGCCAUCGGCCCUUGCAUCUGUUGMAAGAUGUGGAGGAUUUGCCGGAAACCAUUGUGUUGAGGAAACGCCAGUAUCUCACUAUUCAUGGARGGACGCCAUCGUCUGUUCCGUCGCCGCCUUCGUCGUCGCCCCGUGGCACCCAAACUAGGAUAUCCGGAAAAUCCCACAGCUUGUUCUUGCUCAACAACCACAGCCAGCUGAGGCUCCUCGAUCUGGAAUUGGUCCACGAAGAAGACGACGAGCCCGACGACUGCGAUUGUCGAAAGGUGGGUGCAGCCGUCAAUCUCCGGUACAAAUCAAAAGUGUGGAUCGAGGAUUGUUCCAUCCGCAGCCACGYCGGAUUCUGUUGCUGGGCUGUCCAGAAGGCCAGCAUCGGKCUCGAACGUUCCUACCUCGAGGCGCCCCUGCGAUCGGCACUGGUGUGCUUCGGCCAGGCGCGGUUGGAGGGCCGGUCUUCGACCAUUGCAAACGCGGGCGUGCACGGGGUCUGCGCACGCGGGGAGUGCCUCCUCCGCCUGASCGAUUGCUCCGUCACGGAUUCGGCCGUGCGGGGACUCUACGCGUAUGCGAACGCGUCCGUGCGGCUGGAGGGGUGCACCGUAAGCGGAACGGUGCGGCCGGACACGGCAGCCAUCGAAGUAUCGUCUGCGUUGCCCGCCAGCGGUCUGGCCGCGUGCCAAGAAAGCAAACACAACACUUCGGGGUCGGGGAAGAAAAAUAGUUGUGCGGUCCAGAAAACUUCUUCCUUGACCAUGAACAACUGUCGYGUGACAGACAAUGCUGGAGUAGGAGUACGAAUACGAGGCGGUGUCMGGUAUGAUAUAAAGUUGAAAAACGACGAGAACGACACGUCGGGUGGCUUGAACGGMAAUUGUUUUGUUCGAAAUUCGGGAGGAAACGAAAUAGACCUGAAACCAGCGAGCGGAGAAGAGAGCACGUCAAGAGAGAACGAAGAUGCAGCGGAGGCCAAUGAGAAUCAAAAUGGCCACGGAAAUGAGUCAAAAGUACAAAGUAGCUCUUCUSAGGAAUGGAACCGAAAGCCCCAAAGAGAUGCCUCGGGGUCUUCCUUUCGGAAGGGUGAUUGGUGGUGCCCGGUUUGUCUCCCACGACGAAUAGUACCAACUACCAAAGAUUCGUGUCCUUGUUGCCAAGCCCAAAAGAGCGACGGAAAGUUUCUGUCUACCGAAGAAGUUAUAAAAUUGAACAGAGGCACCCUUUCUGUUCCUUCGAUCCACACUACUGGUGCUUGUGAGACUCCCGCUGCUGCUGGCGGAGUGCCGAGCGAAUCCAUCGCAGAUCCGAGAGCCGGCGGUACCCCGACGUGGUGGUUCGAUGCGGACGACGAUGUGGGUUGGGUUCGCUACGACACCGAGAGUAUCAGAAUGCUCGAGCGUGCAUUUCAAUUGCGUCUGUGUCUUGAAGAGAAUGAUUCGAAGCCGGGUGCAGAGGAGGGUAUACACGAAUCGGGUAGUCCAAUUGUUCUACUUUGCAACGGGAAAUAUAGAGUCAAUCUAGAGACAAUGGAGCAGAUCAAUACGGAUUCCCAUUUUCUUCGACUCGUACAGCGAAGAACUUGAGAUUAAAACAAUAGAAAGUGAACCUCUAUUCCUCUAUUGAUCGGUGUUCUUCGUAUCGUACUAUGCUGCUGAUAAGAUAACUAGUCAUGGUAUCAUCAUUGAUAACCCAAUUCAAGCAUACCAUACUACGAUUGCUGAGACAUUUCUUGGGUGAUAAUGAUUAGAGACCAUACUACUUUCGUCCCAUACGAAUCGAGGUGUCUGAGUUGCACCAUUAUCAAAGAAAUCAGUGUGGGGCUGCCAGCUCCCCUAGUAGGCCUAGUACUAGCAGUAGUACUAGUWUAAUCGUGGUGUAACAAAGACACAGGAAAAGGGCACUCUUUCGAGCAUCAUACUACUAGUAUCCCCGGAGGGGAGGACAUUAGAGGGAGGCCCUUCCAGAGCUGUUGCGUUUAGCUCAUUGGAUUCUUGUUUGUGGUUGAAGAAGUGACUGAAUACUAGUAGAUCUAUGUAGGAUCUUGUACUCAAAUAAAACAACAAGGCUUGGCUUCAAAUUAACCAAUAUUUUACUA